GCCAACUUUGGUGGUCAACAUGUACACUUGUGUCAAUGCCAAUCACGAUUGAUCGUGCACUGGAUCUGUCCGUGGCGUCUACGUACCUCUGAUUGAAUCGUUCCGAGAGCAAGGCCUGUUUGUGUCAGCCGCACGUCGAGCCAACUGAAGGUCUGAUCUGCAUACGCGCCCAAUCUGUUCAAAGCCUUUGCAACGUCCCAUAGCCACGGGUACAUACCAUUCAACGGUGAAUACUUGAAAAAUAAAAGUACCGUGUCGGACUGGGACAAGUCUGCGUGCACGUGGCCAUGGCCAGCAACGACGAUGGCCUGGAUGCACUAUGGCAGGAUCUCGAUUGGGCCAUAGGGCAGAUGCUGAUUAUGGGCUGGGAUGGCACCGAAGUGACUCCCCAGAUACGCAACUUGAUAGAGACUCAUCAUCUGGGCUCCAUCCUGCUCACUGCAAAGAAUCUCAAAUCGGCACAUGAAACUGCGAAACUUGUACAGGAGUUGCAGACCAUCGCCCGUCAGGCUGGGCACCCCUACCCGCUUCUCAUUGCACUAGACCAAGAAAAUGGCGGAGUCAACAGUCUUUUUGACGAAGAUUAUAUCUGCCAGUUCCCAAGCGCGAUGGGAGUCGCAGCGGCAGGCAAUCCUGAGUUGGCCUACAACGUAGCGAAAGCUACCGCAACCGAGGUUUCUGCCGUGGGCGUCAAUCUAAUCCUAGGCCCUGUUCUCGACGUUCUUACCAAUGCUAGAUAUCAGCCACUGGGUGUAAGAGCCACAAGUGAUGACCCGCAGGAGGUAUCUCAGUAUGGCAUCGCUGCAAUGAACGGAUACAAAGCAGCAGGCGUUGCCACGUGCGGCAAGCACUUUCCUUCUUAUGGCAAUCUAGAUUUCCUCGGGUCCAGUCUCGAUAUACCCAUCAUCACGCAGACACUAGAGGAGUUGAGCCUAAGUGCUCUGGUUCCUUUCAGAAAUGCAAUUGCCACCGGUAGCCUCGACGGCAUGUUCGUUGGUGGAUGUGGAAUCGCCAAUCCAUCAAUGAAUGUUAUGCAUGCAUGUCUAUCAGAUCAGGUUGUUGACGACUUGUUGAGAAACGACUUGGGCUUCACAGGAGUUGCAAUCUCGGAAUGUCUUGAAAUGGAGGCUUUGAGCCACGAAAUUGGCGUCAAAGGAGGAACAGUUAUGGCUGUUGAGGCCGGCUGCGACCUUGUGCUUCUGUGCCGCGCAUAUGAUGUGCAGCUGGAGGCCAUCGCCGGUAUGAAGCUCGGCAUCGAGAACGGCAUCAUCACGCGCGAGAGGAUCUACACCUCGCUGCAAAGGGUACUACGCAUGAAAAGAGGGUGCACCUCGUGGUCCAAGGCAUUAAACCCACCUGGGAUAUCACUCUUGUCCAAGAUCCAUCCUUCCCAUUUGGCUCUCUCCAAACAGGCAUAUGACAGCUCCAUCACAGUCAUGAGGGAUAAGGAUAAGCUUCUUCCUCUGAACAGGUCAAUGCAUCAGGAUGAUGAGCUACUACUGCUUACUCCGUUGGUCAAGCCACUACCAGCGUCUGCAGCUACCAAGACACUUCUCAGGUCCAAGGACACAUAUGAACAGGCCUCGGGUGUCCAUGACAAAUGGGCACAUCGUGACAGGAGCUCCCUAAUGAGUGGCGAGGGUGUUUUCCGGGAGUUUGGCAGGUCUCUAGCCCGGGCGCGGCAUGGAAAGCUGCUACACACUUCGUACACUGCAAACGGAGUGAGACCAGUUCACGAAAACCUCAUCGACAAGGCGUCUUGCAUCAUAAUCGUCACGGCCGAUGCGAAUCGCAACUUGUACCAGGCCGGCUUCACAAAGCACGUCGCAACAAUAUGUGCGAUGCUGCGAGCCGGUGGUCAGAAGAAGUCGCUGAUUGUCGUGGCGGUUAGCUCGCCUUACGAUUUUGCCAUGGAUAAGACGGUGGGAACAUAUAUCUGCACCUUUGACUUUACAGAGACUGCAAUGCAUGCUCUAGUCAGAGUCCUGGUAGGCGAGUUCGCGCCUCAUGGGACGCUUCCAGGAACCCUCAGAAAAAGCAAAAAAGUGCUCCAGUCGCGACAGCAGUGGUUGGUUGAGAGCUACGAGCGAGAACGCGAUGCACAUGGGCUAGAUGAUCUUAUUCAGUCUGUUGCGCGAGCAAUGCCCAGCGGAGCCCUUCCAGGCAGCGCCUCAAACCAUCUAGCGGCAGCGACUGCAGCUACUUUUGAACUCGCCAACCCGCAUGUCGAUGAGGCUCAUUUUGUGGUACGAAACAGCAGCACCAAGGCCCUCUACGGCUUCUGCUCAACAUACUGUGUCCAAGGGGUUGGCAUUAUUGGCGCCAUCUUUGUCGACCCCGCAAAACGCAACGUAUCAGUCGGCCGAUCGCUGCACCGGAGAGCCUUACGCAGCCUCAUGCAGCGGGGAGGCGGUUGCAAAAAGCUCCAGCUGGGAACUUCAUUCCCUGGCGUUUUUCUGGGCGUCCCUAUAGCUGAUUCUCCGCCGUCAGCUUCUGUUGUAGAGCAAGGCGCCACCAGUGCCAAAGCUUGGUUUACAAGCAGUGGAUGGGACGUUCAGUUUCCCAGGUUGCUGACAAGUCUGGCCAUUGCUGAUCUACCAUCCUGGGGUGCACCUGAGGGUCUGUUGCAAAGUAUCCAACGUGCCAACAUUAGCUUUGAUCUGAUCCACGGCCUCUCAGAGAGCGGCGAGACUGUGCUGGCCCAUGUCAGGGCGCAUGCUAAUCCUGAGGUUCAGGAGCUGUAUCGAGCCGCGUUGGAGGAAACCAAAACAUGUGGUGUGGUGCGUGCCAAAGGCAACAACGACUCUUUACUGGGUACGGUGGUCAUCUCCAGCCCCGGAAGCAAUCUUUCUACACACCUCCCGGCAUUUGGCAACAUUUAUGGCGAGGAUGCGACGAUCGGCGGGAUCAUCGCGCCGGUAUUGUCAUCCUCGGGCUCGCACUCGGGCGUGUUGGUUUUGCAGGGACUUGCCCUCAUGGGGUUGCGGCAGAACAAGGCACACAAAUCAUCGCGCAGUGUGUUGAGUUGGGUAUACGAUGAUGCGUUCGAGCCGCUCGUGGCGAUGGGAUUUGAAGUCGCGCAGCAAUUCGAGGAAAUCACAAAUUCCCUCGACAACUGGCCCGACUUGACAUAGAAAAGGCUGAGUGAGGGAGGUCCUUUUGCCUUUCCACUUCGUUGGCGUAUGUCUCGACUGAGUCAAAACACGACCGUUUGCCCCAAACCCACUUGGGAUCUCAUGUAGCCUCGCAUAUCAAUUUUCUGCACACCAUGUUGACUUGCAGCCAGCGUGGGAUUCUUGAACCCCCAUUUGUUUAUUAAUUAUUAUCAUCUGUUAUAUCUGGUCGACCGUCAAAAUGCUUCAUGUCGCCUAGCGAGGCCUUUACAAUUUACCCAAUCGUCCAUCCAUUGAUUAUAUAAUGAUUUCUUCCGGGGCUUGAGUGUGAGACUCUCGAAAGAGCAUCAAUUGCAGCUCUGAACAAUCUCGGUGACCUGCCACGUUGGGUAUGGUCGCAGGCAGCACAAUUCUCAAAUUUAUCUUAGUGUGACUGGUGUAACAGCCAAGACCCAAUUGAUUCACACAGUCAACUGGGUUGGUCCGACAUUGCACAAGUUAUGGUCACUUUUGGAUAAAAUAUUCGAGUCUUCCACAAAACCUUUUUCGGGAUCUGGAUGAUCGGAGUCGUUUUCCCAUAUUAGCUUUUUGUUUUUCUCUUCAAGCCUUUUAUAGCACAUUCGUCCCUGUAAUAUUGUUUCAAGACAGCCUUCCUUGGGUAAUCGGAGAAAUCCACAACACUAGCGGCCAAGACAGGUCACCAAGCCACUGGGAAUCUAGGCAGCCGAUCGACUUCGGUCCUUCCAGUGACCCCUCGCCAAACUCCCUGACACGACACGGCCGUUCAUUGGGCACAGCCUGCCCCUGCUGGCCGUUCUCGACAGCGAAUCGUGUGGAGGCGCCCAGACAAGUUGAGAUAGGAAAGCUGGGGUAAGCUCCGCCUCUGUUUGAUGAUUUUUGGUCGGCGUCGCUCCGCACCCGACUUUGGUGGUAUUGUAUUGGCCCACAGAGAACCCAUUCAUUCAUUCUAUUUGGCAUUUGCAAUUCCGAACCGACGAUAAGCUGCAAAACCGAUAGCAGUACAUUCAAACAACUUUGUUGUCGACAAACUGAGACUGGGUCUGAUCAGGACAGAACAUAGCAGCAGCAUCUACCCAAUUUCUGUCCUACCGAAUCGCCCAAACCGAAGCUUUCCGACUGGCUGCCCACCGGCUCCGAGUCCUAUCUAGCCCGAUAGGGCAGAGAAAUCUAGAACCAGACAUCACGCGCUAUCUUGUGACGCAACGGGUCGAUCCAGAUAGGCCACACCACAGGGCAGAGCAACCUGGUGAAUAGGCUAUCCUAUUGACAUCCAGCGGUCAAACAAAAAUCGCAAAAUAUCGACUUCGACAGACUUUUGCAAGAGUUGCUCCCUCUCCGUGAAUAGAGGGCCCUUGCCCGCCGCGAGAAUUCGCUGGCGGGAUUUUUUGGAGCCAGACGACGUCCGCCGCAAGUGGUUUACAAUGAGAUGGCAACCUUCAACUCGAUGGCUCCGCCGGCCAGCGGCGAAUCGCUCAGGCUGAAUAUGAGUACCUCGGGUCCUCAGUCGCUAGGGAUGGAGGUCUUUGAUUCGGAUAUAACAUUCGACGAGUCUCUGCUAAACAAUGUCCACGGAAUGUCUAGCCUCCCGUUUACACAGCAAUACGACUUCGAUUCCUUUUCCGGCACGUUUGAAGACCCUUUCGCAUACCCAUCCAGACCCAAUUUUCCCACGGCAUCGGAAGUAAUAUUAGGCAUGAACCAGUCGAGCGGGGAGUCAAUGCAAAGGCGCGCAACCGAGACUGAGGCAGAGGCUGGCUUUGCGGAUCUAGAAGGCUCACCACAAGAGGAGGAAAUGGACAACAAGCUGCUGAGCUUCUCGGCGCCUGUCUCCAAGGCGACUCUGGUGGACGACUUGGGCAAGAUCGUGGAACCGGGCAUGUCGGCCGAGCUCUACGGCAUGUUCUUCGUGGCCGAGGAUGUCUUUGGUGGGGAGCAGAACCCGGGCAGGCCGGCCGAGUUGACGUGCUACCGCCGCAACCUGUGGCAGUGCUCCGGGCAGAUUACGCUCCCCCGCACGGCGCACGGCCUGCACGUCAUCACGGACCAGGGCCUGAGGGCAAAAGUGCUUGAGCUCGCCGUGGCCAUCACAGCAGCCGAGUCCAUCGAGGGGAAGCCCACCGAGAUCAUCUCGAUACCGUGGAAGAGCGCAAACGCAGGGGUUACGGGAGGAGACGAUCAUCAAAAGGGUGCCUCGGCCCCGCCAAACAUUCCGCUCGACCCGUUAGGCAGCGGCCAGGAGCUCGACGGGAAUCGCGUAUCUAUACCCGUGUCCUGGAAGCGGCUACAGUUCAAACAUGCGACGGCCAAUAACGGCAGGCGGAAGGGUCUGCAACAGCACUACCUCGUCCACAUUUCCUUGGUAGGCAAGCUCGGUCCUGUCCAGCAUCAGCACGGUGGCGGGGAGCAGGGUCUCGGCGCCAUACCUGCGUCUUCGCUAGUGGCGUCGGGCGAUGGCUUCGUCAAGAUCACCGAAAUUCGGUCCGGCCCAGUGAUUGUGCGCGGGCGCAGCCCCCGGAACUUUGACAGCAGGAAAGACGUGGCGCUCAGCGGUGAGAAGAAGCCUGGCUCGAGGAGCAUGUCUAACGAUCUAGGAGCUGAGGCCGCCACGCCCGUAGGGACGACUAUGAAGGUUGAGCAGGGUACGCCAGAACUCUCGCAAGCCUUGCUUAGGAUGAAUUCGGCUGGUAGCAGCAUACAGCAGCCGAGUGACUGGGCAUACGCAGGCAAAAGCUCCUCCUCCAGCCACCAGAACAAACAGCCCCCGGCCAAGAAGCUGGCACUCUCACCGGUGCCGGGGCGGCCACCAGUGCCGUCUUGGGGCUCUAACGAGUCAAUGAGACAGCAACCUCCCACGCCAACCAGAGCAACCAUGGCGUCAUCAUCAUCAUCAUCAUCAUCAUCCCUGCGUCGGCCAUCGGCCGCCUCCAUCAUGCCCAUCAACCUGUCCUUGUCAGAAGACGAGC